AUGGCGCUACUUUCCAUGGGUCAGCUUCGAGCCAAAGAGAAGAUGAUGAGGGAUAUCCAGAAGCAGGAACAAGAAAAGGCUCGUAGAGACCGUGUCGGUCAGCCAGUCUUACGAGGCAGGGCCGCGGCGGCGGCGAAGAAACAGGCUGAAGAAGACGAUCGCGAGAAGUUAAACACCCAGAUCCCUGAAGAAGAAAAAGACCAAGCAACACAGCUUCUUAAGCAAUGGAACAGAGCCGAUGACCUUAAGAAGUGGUCUCUUUAUCCCACAAGGCCUCUGCCCAUCCUCGAGAUGCUACCGGAAGUUGUUAAGUGGAAAAGGGAGACAGAGACAUAG